GCAAAGAAACCGUGAAGCGGCGAAUCUGUAAAGGAAGCCAUGACUACGAAGGAGGGACAGAGCAGGAAACGGAAGAGGGCAAGACGACACCGGGAACCGCCGCAGUCGACACACACGACGGAGCAUAAACGAGAAACCCAUCAACGAGAACAUGCUCGCCAAUCCUCUGCUUCUGCAAUGCCACCCAAAUCCUCUUCUUCUUCUUCUUCUUCUUCCUCUUUUCUCGACAAGAUUAAAGCCAAGUUAGCUGGAGGACACUUCAGGAUGAUCAAUGAAAAGCUCUACACUUGCACGUAAUUCCAUCUUUCCCUCUUCUUCUUUCAUGGUUUUACUUAUUACUGUUUCACUAUCCCUCUCUGGUUUUUGCUAAAGAAGUAAAAGAAAAGAGAGAAAUUUGGGGUCAAUUAUAUUUCUUGAUUAUGAAGAUUGAACUCAGUUGAGCUCUAAACUCCAAUGAAAUGUGUGGUAUUGU